UCGAAUGUUAAAGCUUUUUGUUCAUCAUACUUGAAUUUUUUAUAUAAUCAUUUUGACUGUUUAAAAUUAUUUUGAGAUUUGGCUAAAUUUUUAAAUAUUUCAUUCUUUCCGUAUUUGAAAGAAGAAAUGAGACUACUUGUAUAACAGUCCUUACGCAGAUCACCAAAGAACUUUUCUUCCCUUUCUUUUUAUCGCGUCAGAAACUGGUUGUAUAAAAUCAAUAUUUUACUGGAGUUGGAAUUAAUAGCAUCGCGCUGGUGAGCUUUCUACUUAUUCCCGAGAUUUCGAAGAAUCGCACGAUUUCGUCACUCACUUACGCGCAACACCACUCGUUGCAUAAUUCGGCAAUGAAACGGUGAACUAUCUCGGCGUUUUGAAAUGGCCUACACAUGCACGUUCGCGGGUGUAACCGGCCGGCUUUCUCAUACCUAUGUACAAACAUGCUAUGUAUGGAUUCGCAUCCACACGAAUCCACGCCAUGAAGCACGAAUUGUAAACAUCCGCCCAUGAUGCGUAAUAUUCACAUAAAACUUACGCAAUAUUAUACGGCCACCGUUGUAUAAAAUAGCAUCCAUGAGAAGAUACUUUCAGUAUAAGAAAGUCUACUGAGCUGUCCAAGAAGUGAAUUCAUUAUGAGUUACUAUUUGUUUCUCUCUCUAUUAAUUGCGGUUUGCGAGGCGGGCAUAAUAUCAAAUGAAGAUUACUCGCACCAUGCGGUUUAUCAUGGCUAUGGCGCUACCAGUUAUCAAAAUGUGCAGCUUAAUAAUCACGAAGCUAUAGAGUUGCCCGCGAACUAUGGAGAUCCCGCAGAAAUUCAGGAGGCUGAUGUAGAGCAUCAUCAUGAGAGAAUCAUCCCAAUUAUAGAAUCAGACAAUGACGUAGAUCACAUCGUGUCCCAUUCCGCUCCAUAUGAAGAAUUUGCUGUUGAUGACGUCAAGUCUGACAUACUCGAUCAUGAUCAUUAUCUCGAUCAUGACCAUUAUGAAACAUCAUUAUAAUUUUAUAAAAACAUCUUCGUCUAUAAAAAUGAUUUAGAAAAUAG